AUGGCUGGUCCUGGUGGUGGUCCCCCUCGGCGGAGUCACACCAAGUCCCGAAAGGGAUGUGACACUUGCAAGCGUCGCCACAUCAGGUGCGACGAGAACUUCCCUCAGUGCCGCAACUGCACCAAGCACAAAAUCCGUUGCCCUUACAAUGACCAGGCGCCCCCAGACAGGUCUGGUUCGCCUGACAAGCCCGAUCUGAUGUGGACCCCUGAGAUCGAGGCAACGAUCGACCAGUGGCGCCGCACUGGCAUGUUCCCGUUCCCCAGGCUCGGAAUCUACCCGGCGCCUUCUCCCGAGCGCCUUACGACCGAAGAUCUGAGGUUGAUCCACCAUGUGGCUUCCAUCUGCGAUCAGAUGCAGGAGCUCGACGCCAAUGACUUCACGCUCUGGACCCGGCAGAUCCCCACGAUCCUUCGGAUCGGCGCGACCCACAGUUACGUCUUGCAUGCCCUGCUGGCUUUUUCUGCCAUGCAUCUGGCAUACUUGACGAACUGCCCGGCUGUCGGCAACAUGGCGUACGAGCACCGUGGUGUUGCCUUGAGUGGCCUUCAGGAAGCCAUCAAUACCUUUUCCAAGGAGACUUCGGACGCUAUCCUUGCCGCUUCUCUGGUCCUUUCAUGGCAAGCCACAGAUUGGCGGAGCUGGACCCAGCUGAUGCAGGGUACCUCAUCGAUCAUCGAGGCGAUGGAUCCAUGGAAGCAUGAGUCUCAAUUCGGCGAUCUCAUUGCCGAGAUUAACAUAUUCCCCACGACGCCAUCCUCGCCUACCCCAGAUCAUAGGUCCAACCAGCCUUCCGAGGAGGACCUCGAGGCUUUCCAGAAGGCUCUGCAGCAGCUUCAGAAGCUAGAGACCCGUCUCAAGAAAAAUCGCGAAGACACGAAACCUGUUUCUCAGCUCAUCACCUUCCUCAAGGGCUCGCGCAAAGUCACGUCCUCCCUGUCGGUGGCACAGCAGUUUGAUCGUUUGAAGCCUCUCCGCACUUGGCUCUUCUGGCUGCCUGUUUCAUACCUCCAGCGGAAUGGGGUAUCGCCAAGCGCUUUGGUUGUUAUUGCUCACUACUAUACGGCCGCCCUCCUGAUGGAGCGCCUAUUUCCAGAAAUUGGUGCGGCUUACUUUGGCAGCAUGACGAUCAACCCUGUUGAAGAGAUCGCCCGUCGCUUGUGUUCCCUUAACGCCUCCGGACAGCUCCAGGGCAAUCUCCAGACCCCCCUUGCUUUGAUGGAGUUUCCCAUCGAGACUGUCAACGAGUUUCGCUCACGGAUGGGUUGGGGUCACCCUAUGCGCACGUCACCCUACGCCCAUUUUGACACUCCUGGCUUCUCUAUGAACGAAACGUCGCCGUUGAUGAUGCCAGCCGGUGUGUCUCCCGAAUACCUCCCGUACGGCGACAGUGUGACUUUCAGCUACAGCACGGAGGAUCUGUCCGUCAUCCCCGAAGCCGGCACAAAUAACGGUGUCAGCCCGCUUCAGCUGUCGCCCUCAUUCGCCAACACCCAAUAUCUUAGCAUUCCCAGCCCAUCUUACGGAGCUUACAGUCCGGCAUCGAGCACGUUUGGCGACUUCAGCGAUUUUGGCGAUGCUUCUCCAAUCAUCUACAGCGAUGCCGAAGACUCUGCCACUGGACCCUAUGGCAUCGGGUAUACGGCUGCCUCGCCCAUGAUGGGCGGUGCCAACACUUAUGGCGUUGGGACUCCUCUCAUCAGCACAUCUCCGGACUAUCCGCCGCCCGAGGAUCCUUUUGCCUGGCUUCCUGCUCCAUCCCCGGCUUUCCUGCCUUCGCCCUUUUUGGAUCCUAAGCAGCAACCCAUCUUCUCAGUUCCCGGUUCCCCGAUGAUCGCUCAGGACAAAAGUAGUGCGCCAUCCGAAACUGUCCUCCCCGCUUCACAAAGCCCUGAGAAUCCUGAGAAAGGCUCCACGAAUUAG